AUGAAAGUAACAGGAACAGUCAAGUGGUUUAACCCUGAAAAAGGUUAUGGUUUUGUUAAACAAGAAAAUGGAAAUAAGGAAAAUAAAAAUAAAGACAUGGGUUCACUAACGGUAAAGAAUCUUACAAAUCAUUAUUAUGAUGUUAAAGCUGGAAUGAUUAAUAAUAUUUAUCCUAAGGCUGAAGCAGAAAAAUUAAUACAUAACCUUAAUAAAAAAGAAGAAAAUAAAAGUAGUAAAACUUAUCUACUAAAGUUUAAUGGAGAUAUUCAAGCUAAAGAAGUUGAUUCAUUAAAAAAAGAAAUUACUGCUAUUUUAUCAGUAGCUAAUAAUGGAGAUAAUGUAGUUUUAAUGUUAGAAUCACCAGGUGGCACAGUUAAUGGAUAUGGAUUAGCAACAUCUGAACUUGAGAGAUUAACUGCAAGAGGUCUACAUUUAACAGUGUUAGUAGAUAGGGUUGCAGCAAGUGGUGGAUAUAUGAUGGCUGUUGUAGCUGAUAGAAUUAUUGCUGCACCUUUUGCAAUAGUAGGUUCUAUUGGAGUAUUAACUGAAAUUCCAAAUUUUAAUGAAUUAAUGGAGAAAAAUGGGAUCAAAUAUGAACAAAUAACUUCUG